AUGUGUCUCUUCCCCAAAGAACUUGGCAUUCCUGGACCUCUGCCUGUCAGUCGAGCGGCCAUAUCAGGAGCAGGGAGGAUUGCUGAUCUCCCAUUCCUCGGCCGACUUCCUCUGGAGCUUGUUGAUAUGGUUCAAUCUCAUUGCCCAGAUGCAUAUUUCUGGAAUAUGGUACAUCGCCUGAACCACAAGAAAAAGGGUCUCUCCUGCACUAAGUCUUGGAAGCGCGGCAAAGCUGCACCAGAUUCUGAGGAAAGACUAAAAGACCCUGAAUGUCUAUGCAUCACUCUUGAUUCGGACGGCAUUUGCGAAAUUCAGAGACUUCAGAAUCAUCCUCAUCCACCAAACCACGACCCCAAUGUGAAGUUUAGGAGGCACGUUCUCACCAACGAGAAAGACGUCAAGUCCGCCGAUGCCUACUUUCAGGAUGGACUCUGCUGUCUGCGAGCACAUGCGGCUCACCCUGGUUUCCCGACCUGGGACCUUCCGUCCGGUAGCUGGCUGCUUUCUAAUACGAUCAAUUGA